AUGGAAUACCCACGCCCGCCCCAGCGAGACUCGUGGUUCGCGCCGCUCUCCAUCGAUCUGCUCAUCAAGGUCUUCAAGGUCACCUUCUUCCACCCCUUCAUCUCGUGGAUCAUCCCCCUCUGCUUCCGCGCCCAGGCUCAGGCCUGGGAUGCGCCGCCCAUGAUCGCCUCCAUUGUAUGGGCGACCUUCAUCACGCUGUGCUGGAUGGCCAACAUGAUCAAUCAGCGCAUCGCCUACGGCCUGCCGCGCGACGUCGACCUCAGCGAGGAGGUCAUUGUCAUCACCGGCGGCGCCAGCGGCUUGGGCCUGCUCAUUGCCGAGGUCUACGGCAUGCGCGGUGCCACCGUCGCCGUGCUGGACGUCAACGACAUGGAGAACGGCGAGGCGAGGGGCGUUACGUACUACAAGUGCGACGUCACGGACAAGGCGCAGGUCGCGAGGGUCGCGGCCGAGAUUGAGAAAGAUCUCGGCACCCCCACCGUCCUCAUCAACAACGCCGCCAUUGUCAAGGGCAAGUCCCUCCUGGACCUCGAGUUCGAGGACAUUGACAAGUCCAUCGCCACGAACCUCACGGCGCACUUCUACACCCUCAAGACCUUCCUCCCGCCCAUGAUCCGCGGCGGCAACGGCGGCACCGUCGUGACCAUGUCCUCGGUCCUCGGCCACCUCGGCGCCGCCUCCCUGACGGACUACGCCGCGGCCAAAGCCGGCGUCACGGCCCUGCACAAGUCCCUGGCCGCCGAGCUCGCUGCCUCUCACCCGGAGAUCCGCACCAUCCUCGUCGAGCCGGGCCAGCUGUCGACGCCGCUCUUCUACGGCCCCGUGGAUGUCUGCAAGGAGGUCAUCGCCGCCAUUGACGCGGGGCGGAGCGCGCACGUCGCGAUGCCGCUGUACGCGCGGUGGAUUCACUGGUACAACGUGCUUCCUGCCGCGGUGCAGCAAAUCGCGAGACGGAUGGCGCGCGUCGACACGUCGAUGCAGACGUUCAUCGGCAGACAGGAGCGGGGGAUGAGCGAGAAGAACGGGAGUCUGAUCUAG